AUGAUCAGAAGGUGCUCCCUUCUUACGAGGAUCACGCAAGGUCUCAACAUCUACGACAAGAAACUCCCCCAAGAUCGAUGCACGUCGCUUCGAGGGGCGAACAGCCGAGCGAGAAGGCAUCGAUGCCUUUCCACUCCUCCGUGCGGGUCGGUCAGCGGCGGGGAACGUUUGCGCACGACCCAGAUUAAUGGCAUCAAUAAUGCCAGCAGAGCCACUCAUCCAUUACGGAAGAUCAUAUGGUGGGUCGUGACCGUCGUCGCUGCCGGCGCCACCGUCCAGGGAAUCUGUGGCGUGAUAACGGCCUAUCUCCAAUAUUCCGUCUCGACGACGUCGUCUGUCACCCAACCGAAGUCCCUCACUUUCCCGGCCGUGACCGUCUGCAACCUCUCGCCUUUCCCCUGCUCCAAGCUCACGCACCUGGGCGACGUUGCCGAUUUGGCAAAGGUACUGAAACGAGCCGAUAAUAGGGUGCCCCGUUGCAAAUCAGACAACAUCCAGCGUGAAUCAGACGACAUCCAGCCGACGGAAUUCAUCCCAGAGAUUCGAAGGAAUCGCGAGCGUCGACGGAUCGCGAAUGUCCGAGGAAUCGCGUUCGCGGUCCCCUUCGCGGGAAGUAAGUCCGAACCCCCUCCCAAGGUCGACGGCGGCGAAGGCGAGGAAGUCGCGAGUGACCAGACGACCUGGAACUCUUACUUCUACGCCCUCUCGCGGCUGAGCGAGGAGCAGAAGGUGGCGCUCUUGCAGGAUCGGGACGAUUUCAUCCGCGGAUGCAAGUACGAGGGCGUCGAUUGCAAAAGGUUUUUCUUUCCCUUCGCGAACACGAGCUACGGGAGCUGCUAUGCCUUCAACAUGAAGUCGAACGAGGACAGGGAUUCGGAGGCUGGGUCCAGGCGGACCGUCCUCCCCGGCCCGUAUAACGGACUGGAGCUGGAGCUGUACGUGAACGCGAGGGAGUGGCCGUCGAGCGUGCUGUCGUCGGAGGGCGGCGUCCGGGUGAACGUCUACCAGACGGACAACCUCCCUUCCCCCGAGGAGUCCGGAUUCGACGCCAGGACCGGGACCGCCACCAAGGUUGCCCUCAGACAGGUGGAAGUGUCGAGGUUGCCUCAUCCUUACGAAAGUGAUUGCUACAGCUCAUGGGACGAGUGCGGGUACCACCCGGUGAACUCCACCUUCGUCACCUAUGACUCCUUGAUGUGCAGGCGGAUGUGUCUUCAGGCGGCGAUCGUGAAGAGAUGCUCCUGCAAAUGCCCCUACUUCCUCGACCACUUCACCUUCUCGGAUGGGAAGCUGGACGGGAUCCCCGUCUGCGACGUUCGAUCACUCGGCUCCGGAGACUAUCAGUGCCUUCUCGGCGUUUUCGAUGGAUUGAAGAACGGGAGCACCACGUGUCCCUGUAAUGCGCCGUGCCGGCAAACGCAAUACAAGGUGACGAUCUCGUCGUCGGAAUGGCCGACCGCGACCUACAUGGCGAGUCCCACCAUCAUGAUGAUGCUCGCGAGCUUGCCAAAAUUCCGGCAAUAA